CUGAUUGCUUGCGGGGCCGAAGGUGGUUCGUUUCCCUUCCAACAUUUGGAGAACGCUGGCGGUUGCAUAACAGUCGAUAUAAAACUGAUAAUUGGUACUAAACUAGAAAUGUCGAUCGGACAGAAAGGAGAAUCGCCGUGUGACAAACACGUCAAGAGCUCUAUGAAAGAGCAGGUUUUGGAAAGCUUAUGCCAUGGUCAAGAUGCAGAUAAGCGACUGAACGCAUCGCUGGUGUAUGGAGCUGGAGGCGGUGGUGCUACUACAGUGUCUGUGAAUUCCGCUUACAUUAUUGUUGCUGGUGGUGGAGGUGGAGCCUAUCCAACAGAUUACGUCGAUGGGAAACCGAACAAGUUCAGUUGCUCAUCAAUGAAAUUA